GGAGUGUGAAUGCCUGGAGCCUGCUCAGUGGAAUCUGUACAGGGAUGUGAUGUUGGAGAAUUUCAGCAACCUUGUGUUCCUGGGUCUUGCUUCCAGUAAACCAUACCUGGUCACAUUUCUGGAGCAAAGUCUAGGUCCUUCAGAUAUGAAGAGACCAGCAGCUGCUGACAUGCAAACAGGGAAAGAACACUCUACAGGAAAAGAAUAUGGCAUUAACCUUCCUUGGAACUCACAAUCCAUUAACCACCAGAAAAUUAAUUUAAGCAAUAAGCCCUAUAUGUAUGAAGAAUGUGGUAAGGCCUUUCGAUUUCCAUCACUUCUUUGUGUGCACAAGAGAAGUCAUAAAGGAGAGAAACGUUUCAAGUGUGAAGUAUGUGACAAGGCCUUCUAUAUCCCAUCACAACUAUCUGUACACAUGAGGAUUCAUACAGGAGAGAAACCUUACAAGUGUGAAGUAUGUGACAAGGCCUUCUAUUGUCGAUCAGGACUUUCUGUACACAAGAAAGUUCAUACAGAAAAGAAACCAUACAAGUGUGAACUAUGUGACAAGGCCUUCAAUAUCCCAUCACGACUAUCUGUACACAUGAGGAUUCAUACAGGAGAGAAACCUAACAAGUGUGACGUAUGUGAAAAGGCCUUCAAUAUUCCAUCACAGCUAUCUGUACACAUGAGGGUUCAUACAGGAGAGAAACCUUACAGGUGUGAACUAUGUGACAAGGCCUUCAGUCGUAUAUCCGCACUUUAUGUACACAAGAAAAUUCAUACAGGAGAGAGACCCUACAAGUGUGAAGUAUGUGACAAGGCCUUCAGUAUUCCAUCACGACUGUCUGUACACAUGAGGGUUCAUACAGGAGAGAAACGUUACAAGUGUGAACUAUGUGACAAAGCCUUCGUUCAUCCUUCAGGACUUUACGUACACAAGAAAAUUCAUACAGGAGAGAAACUCUACAAGUGUGAAAUAUGUGGUAAGGCCUUCCCUUUUCCAUCACUGCUUUGUGCCCACAAGAGAAGUCAUACAGGAGAGAAACCCUUCAAGUGUGGAGUAUGUGACAAGGCCUUCUGUGUCACAUCAGAGCUUUCUGUACACAUGAGGAUUCAUACAGGAGAAAAACCUUACAAGUGUGAAGUGUGUGGCAAGGCCUUCAAUCGUAUAUCAGCACUUCAUGUACACAAGAAAGUGCAUACAGGAGAAAAACCCUUCAAGUGUGAACUAUGUGAUAAGGCCUUCUAUAUUCCAUCACAAUUAUCUGUACACAUGAGGAUUCAUACAGGGGAGAAACCUCACAAGUGUGACCUAUGUGAUAAGGCCUUCAAUCGUAUAUCAGAACUUUAUGCACACAAGAAUAUUCAUACAGGAGAGAAACCCUACAAAUGUGAAGUAUGUGACAAGGCCUUCAGUAUUCCUUCACGACUGUCUGUACACAUGAGGAUUCAUACAGGAGAGAAACCUUACAAGUGUGAACUAUGUGACAAAGCAUUCGUUCAUCCUUCAGGACUUUAUUUACACAAGAAUAUUCAUACUGGAGAGAAACCCUACAAGUGUGAAGUAUGUGGUAAAGCCUUCCCUUUUCCAUCAUUUCUUUCUGUACACAAGAGAAGUCAUACAGAAGAGAAACCCUUCAAGUGUGAAGUAUGUGACAAGGCCUUCUGUGUUGCAUCACAGCUUUCUGUACACAUUAGGAUUCAUACAGGAGAGAAACCUUACAAGUGUGAAGUAUGUGGCAAGGCCUUCCAUGCUGCAUCAUUACUUAAAGUACAUGAGAGAAUUCAUACAGGACAGAGAUCCUACAAGUGUGACCUAUGUGACAAGGCCUUCUAUAUCCCAUCACAGCUAUCUGUACACAUGAGGAUUCAUACAGGAGAGAAACCUUACAAGUGUGAAGUUUGUGGCAAGGCCUUCCCUGUUUCAUCACGACUCUCCAUACACAAGAGAAUCCAUACCGGAGAGAAACCCUUCAAGUGUGAAGCUUGUGGCAAAGCCUUCCAUUACCCAUCAUUACUUUACAAACACAAAGUAAUUCAUACAGGAAUGUAA